UCAUUCAUUUUACUUCAUAAUCAUCAUCGUAAUAAUGAUGAUUAUAGUAAUAGCAAUGAUGAUGAUGAUGAAAGUUUUCAUUCAGUAAAUAUUAAUGAAUAUGAUGUUAAUAGUAUUCAUAGUUCUAAUAGUUCUAUCGGUGAUUAUAGAACAAAAUUCAAUACAACAACAAAACAUAUAGGAUGUAUUUGGCAUAUUAAUCUUUCAGAACUUUCUUUAAAUAAUCCUUCUAAACAUAUUUAUAUUACUACAUUACAUAAUAUUUAUUCAUAUUAUCUUAAUUCAAAUAUUAUUCAAUUUGGAGAUAACAAACAAUUAUCUUUUGAAAUUAUAAAAGAAAUUGAAUUCCUUACAAUUAAAUAUCAAAUGGCUACAACUAUACAAUAUAAAUAUUUUGAAGUAAAAUUUUCAGGUCAAACAAUCUAUAAUAAUAAUUUAUAUAAAGCAAUACAAAAUUUUCAAUUACAAAAUAAAAAUCAUAGUAAUGAUGUAGCUAAGUUAUAUACAAAAUUAUUCGAAUUAUCAUUAGAUAAUCCAAUAUAG